CCAAAUGAAAUAAAUUGCGUCUUGCGGACCCAGACUUUGGGUGGAGUAACUGUCUUUUGACAGGAACAGUAUAUGAAUAGAAUUCAAACCUGUAUUAAAAUAUGUUAAAUUUGCUCAGGUACAAAGAAGCCCAACAAUGAAGAAGAUUAGAUUGGGCUGCACCUGCCAAACAAGAUCUGAUGCUCACCUAUGACCAACCCCACCAAGAAUGCCUCUGGGCUGGAACAGGGAUGGCUACACAGUCUGAAUAUUAAUUGCAUCGUGGAGUGUGCAUGAGUUUAUGGCCCAAAGCAACUGCACACUGGGACACGGUGGUAUUUCCAAGGCUUCUCUUGCAGUGCGACAUUAAUGGCCGAAUUCACUGGGAUUCCCUAUAUGACUUUAAUGGGACUGUGCUGGGAUUGAGUCUCCCGCUCCCACGCUCACUCCAGACCUCCACUGCUGGAAACCUGCUUUAACAGAUAAAGCUGGAAUAAUUGGUGAAAUCAGCUGAUUCAUUUUUGCAAGGAAGGAGAAAAGGUGAACGUAAUCAAAAAUUUGAGCAGAGUAUAUAACAAAGACAGAUCACCUGUAUGCAGCUAGUCAUGAUGGCUAAAGAAAGGACAAUUAAACACAUCAAGGAUAUUUUUCGCUACAACAGCAACAGAGAAACUCCACAAAAAACUGAAGGCAAGCAGCAGGGAAAAUCCCUAAAAAAUGAUAGCAGUGGUAUUGUUCUUCUAAAAUAUGUUCCACCAUCAUCAGAAAUGAAAGAAAAUUCCCACAGUAAUGAUGCAGUGGACAGAAAUGACAAUAAUAAUGGCCAAAUUCUUUCUCGGGAUGUAAGUGAUGAUACCAAAAUUCCUUUGAGAAAAAGUCACACUAACAAACACAUUGAUGCCACAGUAACAGCUGCAAACCAAAAUGAAAAUUUUAUACUUAAACCUGCAGUUCAUAUUAACGAGUUGCCUAUGAAAGAAGAAUGCAAACAUGGCCAGCUGCUGCAUAGCGAUUCUAGGUUAGACUGUGACAGUUGCAUGCACCACACCCCGCACAGAAGAAAAUCUCAACACAUUUCAGUUGCUGAUGCUCAGGACAACACUACUGUCAUUACGCAGGAUGAUUCUGAAGUUUUCCAAAGCCUUGAUAUAUCUGCAUUCAUGACUUCCUACAGAGGAAGAGAACAUAAAACUAACCCCUUGUACGACGACAACCACGAAUUGACUUCGUCAGGCGUAGAAACCGAUGACUUGGAUUCCACCAUUUAUGGCUUCUCGAGCCGUGGUGGUGCUGCUGCAAAAUUGAACUAUGACAUCCAAAGUCUGAACAUAUCUGGAGAUUUUGCAUACUGUAGUGGAAAUGACUGUGAAGAAGACUUUGACAGUUAUGCAGACGAUGAAAAAUCUGAAUCAUCAAAUGAAGUUGAAUUCGAGGUAUCAGAGGUGACAUUGGAUUUUGAUGAAGAAGAAUCGGAGGACACACUAGUCCUCCCAGAGGACAAAACUUUGAUCUAUCAUGAAUAUGGAGGUGAGGAUUUUUCAGUAUACUUGACUGAAGAAUCAAUGAGUUACACAGGAGUGGCGCCUCCAAUCAUUACGCCAAAGAAAAAUUUGAAAGAAGAUAAAGAACGAAGGGCCUCAAAGGCAUCAGUAGGAAAAACUCUAAGAUCAAAACUGCGAAAGGUUUUCACGGGUCAUAACAAUCAUGGAGAAAAGCACCACCACCUGCAAACUAUAACAUAUAAAGAAACCCGCAUUGGUCAUGGCGAAAACACGAGCUUGCAAAAUGCAGCAAUUUCCAACCAAAAUACACCUACUUCACAGCCUGUCAACAGCAGGGGAGAUAACAGUAACAAUAACAAUAACAACAACAACAACAUCAUGGUACUGGAUACGCCCCUUGUAAACAUGCCGAUCUCACAUUCUUUGGAAAAUGAUACACAUUUACCUCAUACAUCAGUGAGCUUUGAUGACACUUGUGAAGCUGCCGAUGCUCUCGACAGAAGUGACAAAAUUAGAGGUAGUGGAAUCUGGGCUAAAGUACGACAAAGUUUUCGAAAGAAAAAUUUUUCCAAGGGGAAAGACAAACCUGAUCCUGUGCAGGCAGUUUCUUGUGAAAAGCUCGAUGAUUUGCAAAGUAAGGCAGGCAACAUGACCACUAAUCCACUGAGACAGUAUGAGUUCUCAGAUCCAGAGUUUUAAAAGUUCAAUGGAAAAUGUUUUCCAUUUUCAUUUUAGGAUAAUUAUGUUGUGUGCGCAUUGUAGUAUCUGCUACCAAAUAUGGUUAGAGUACAAAAAAGUGUAAAGGCAACAUUAAUAUACAUAAAAACAUAUACAAAAUACAAGUCUUCUAUUUCGCAAUUGUAACAACAAAGUGAGGUUAUUAAAUUGUAGUAUUUAUUAAUAUAAAUGAUUAAUUCUAUCACUUGAAUGAAACAUUUAAAAAAUGCACUGUGAGA